AUGUCCGACCUGGUUCAGACCACCUCUGACAGCCUGUGCAAACUCGUCCGCUGGGCUCACAGCCACGGCACCAUCUGCAACCUCAUCCCCAGCCUGCAGCACCUCGCCAGGAGCUCUUUUGUUAACGUAUUGACGCCAGAACCUGGUCCCCAUGGAAGCACGGUCCCUGUAGCCGUUUGGGGCUGUGGUGCCGGACACGCCUACCACUGGCCCCUCAGUGACCAUAGCAACAGCUGUGGAGGCUCGGCGCAUACCAGCCAGGGACAGGAGAAGUUUGUUGCAGGGCGUCCGUCCAAUAAGGUGGCAGUGAGGACGUCAUGUGACCUCUCCUGCAGCGAAGCCGCAUCAGAGGUGGAGGAGUUCAGCAGCCAGCUGUUUGACAUUGCUGGAUGUGACUCUUCAGCCACAGACGAGGAUGCGGACUACGAGCCCCGCCCAUCCAGAAAAAGAGGCGGUGCGCCAGGAGCAGUGGCGGGGAAGAAGGGCUAG